AUGGAUAAUGAAAAGAAUUCCCUUCAUUUCUUGAUAUCACAAACACAAACUUUAAAAAAUUUUAAGAUUAACACCGAAUCUACUAAUCAAACUCUUAAAUUCGUUUCUAUGGUCGGGAAUAUUAGGAAAUGUCUCAUUCAAAUUUCGAAGAUCGUUUCAUGUACAGUGGAAUAUUAUCUCGUGCAACAGUUCGAUAUCGGUUUAGGAACGCAUUUACGUGGACAGGAGCAGAACCUGCUCUUAAUAAUAUUAUUGGAUCGAGCCUCUGACAAGAAUAAUCAUCAUAGUAAUGAUCGUAGACAACGAAUUCUACCAUUUCAUUUAUCUAUAGCGCGAAGAUUCGUCGUUAUCUUACAACCUUUAUAA